AGCGCAGCCUUCGUUCCCUCGCUUUCCCGACCGUGCUUUUGCGCCUGCAGCUGCCUCAGUCUUUCUGGAUUAGCCGGUCCCAUCUCCCGUCUUCCCGAUCCAGACCUGACCGUACUCGUAUCCCGACUCAGGGCCGCGGACUUCAUUUCCGCCACUACCCUGACACUUCCGGCAUCGGCGGAAACGUCCGGUUGCCAUGGCGCCUCUGUACACAGUUCUGCAGCCGCGAGUGCGGGGUUGCGGUCGCUGCACAGGUAGCGGUCCAGCAGCUGGCGGGCCACUGCCUCCACACCGGGGAUCCUGGGCCACGCGCCGCCCGGGUGGGGAGAAGCGAGGCUGGAGAGGGAGUUUACGCCGAGGCGGCGGGCAGCGGCUGCCAUCCGAACACCGCUCCAUCAAGUCCCCCUGCUUGGCUCGCUGACCCGGGAAACUGGAGCGGAGGAGAGGGCGCGGCAUCGUGGGCGCGCUUGCGGGCUGCCUGGGGCGUAGGGUCUUCGAAUCUAACGUUCUUCGGUCCCACGAGGGCUCUGCGUCGGUGCGGAGGUUGAGAGGGCGCGAAGUGGGGGACCGGAGGUCUUCUGGACCCUUCCGUACUCGUCAGUUUUCGAACUGGAGGGGGCUUGGGGAUCGCCAGGUCGAGCCACUCGCUUUGCAGAUGAAGAAACCGCACCAGAGAAGGACAAGAAUGGCCCCAAGGCCCAUUGCCUCCCGCGCUCCACGCAAGGGUCCGUAGUGACCGAAGAUGGACCCUCAUGUGGAGAUUCAGCCACCCUCUGACUUCCAGCCAUGACCAUCACUACCAACCACCAUUUCCAGAGUUCCUGCUCUGUGCUGGGUACUGUUCUUGACAUUGAGCGGGGAUUCAAAAGAGAUAAAGCACAGUUGUAUCCCUCAAGCAACUUGUAAUUUAAUUUGGGAGCGGAAACCCACUCAAAUGAUGCGGCGUAAGAAUGAUAACAAGCGUUAUUUCACUAGAAUGGGUACUAGGAAAAAAGUUCACGCAUUCGUCCGUGUCAAACCCACCGAUGACUUUGCUCAUGAGAUGAUCAAAUACGGAGAUGACAACAAAAGCAUUGAUAUUCAUAUAAAAAAAGAUCUUCAGAAAGGAGUUGUCAAUAACAAGCAGACAGACUGGUCAUUCAAGCUGGAUGGAGUUCUCCACAAUGCCUCCCAGGACUUGGUGUAUGAGACAGUGGCAAAGGACGUGGUUGCUCAGGCUCUCGAUGGAUACAAUGGUACCAUCAUGUGUUACGGGCAGACAGGAGCUGGCAAGACAUACACCAUGACAGGGACAACCGAGAAUUACAAGCACCGGGGGAUCCUUCCUCGUGCCCUACAGCAGGUUUUUAGGAUGAUCGAAGAACGCCCCACACAUGCCAUCACUGUGCGUGUUUCCUACCUGGAAAUCUACAAUGAAAGUCUAUUUGAUCUCCUGUCUACUCUGCCCUGUGUUGGACCAUCAGUCACACCAAUGACCAUUGUGGAAAACCCUCAAGGGGUCUUCAUUAAGGGCUUAUCAGUCCACCUUACAAGUCAGGAGGAAGAUGCCUUCAGCCUCCUUUUUGAGGGAGAGACCAACAGGAUUAUAGCCUCCCACACGAUGAACAAAAACUCAUCCAGGUCACACUGCAUUUUUACCAUCUAUGUGGAGGCCCAUUCACGGACUUUAUCAGAUGAAAAGUAUAUCACUUCCAAAAUUAACCUGGUGGAUCUAGCAGGCUCGGAAAGGCUAAAGAAGUCUGGGUCUGAGGGCCGAGUCCUGAAGGAAGCCACCUACAUCAACAAGUCGCUGUCAUUCCUGGAGCAGGCCAUCAUUGCCCUCGGGGACCAGAAGCGGGACCACAUCCCCUUCCGGCAGUGCAAGCUCACCCACGCCCUAAAGGACUCGUUAGGAGGAAAUUGCAAUAUGGUCCUCUUGACGAACAUCUAUGGAGAAGCCUCCCAAUUAGAAGAGACGCUGUCUUCACUGCGGUUCGCCAGCAGGAUGAAGCUGGUCACCACUGAGCCUGCCAUCAAUGAGAAGUAUGAUGCUGAGCGAAUGGUCAAGAACCUGGAGAAGGAGCUGGCAUUGCUCAAGCAGGAGCUGGCUAUCCAUGACAGCUUGGCCAACCGCACCCUUGUGAACUACGAUCCCAUGGAUGAAAUCCAGAUUGCUGAGAUCAACUCCCAGGUGCGGAGGUACCUGGAGGGGACACUGGACGAGAUUGACAUCAUCAACCUCAGACAGAUUCAGGAGGUGUUCAACCAGUUCCGGGUGGUUCUGAGCCAACAGGAACAGGAAGUGGAAUUGACUUUGCGCAGGAAGUACACCCUUAUAGACAAGAAUGACUUUGCAGCCAUUUCUGCAGUCCAGAAGGCAGGGCUUAUGGAUGUUGACGGCCACCUAGUGGGUGAGCCUGAUGGACAAGGCUUUGGACUUGGGGUCACCCCUUUCUCUGCCAAACCUGGGAAGAAAGCCAAGUCCAAGAAGAUGUUCAAAGAACAGCUAAGCACCUCAGCAAGAAAGGAAGGUGCCAGCAGCCCUGUGGGUGGCAAGGAUUUGGAUUUCUCCACCUCUAAGACCCAGCUGACCCCAUCCUCCAAGGAAGGGGAUGUCAAAGACAUGCUUAUGCGGGACCGGGAGACCUCCAGCAUUGAGCCGCUUCCCUUAGACUCCCCAAAGGAGGAACUACGCCCACCCAGGCCCAGUACCCCACCCCCCAAACCUGUGGCCUUCGAGGACUUUAAGAACGAGCGGGGCAGUGAGAUCAACCGCAUCUUCAAAGAGAACAAAUCCAUCUUGAAUGAGCGGAGGAAGAGGGCCAGCGAGACCACACAACGCAUCAAUGCCAUCAAGCGGGAGAUGGACGUGACCAAGGAGGCACUAAAUUUUCAGAAGUCACUCCGUGAGAAGCAAGGCGAGUACGAAAACAAGGGGCUGAUGAUCAUCGAUGAGGAGGAAUUCCUGCUGAUCCUGAAGCUCAAAGACCUCAAGAAGCAGUACCGUACUGAGUAUCAAGACCUGCGUGACCUCAAGGCUGAGAUCCAGUACUGCCAGCACCUGGUGGAUCAGUGUCGUCACCGUCUGCUCAUGGAAUUUGAUAUCUGGUACAAUGAGUCCUUCUUCAUCCCCGAGGAUAUACAAGUGUCACUGAAACCAGGUGGUAGCAUCCGACCGGGCAUGGUGCCUAUCAGCAGGAUCAUGUCUCUGGGAGAAGAUGACCAGGACAAGUUCAGCCAGCUGCAACAGACGGAGCUGCCUGAGGGCCCUGACUCCUUCUCCUUCUACAAUGCCAAAGUCAAGACAGAACAGAAGCACAAUUACUUGAAAACCAUGAUGGGCUUCCAGCAGGCACACAGAAAAUAAGGCUUCAUCAUCAGUGCCUUGAAGGACAAGACCCCCAGUAACUCCCACCUGCUUUAGUGGAGCUGCUACACCACCUGCCCAGAGUUCCAGGCCCUCUGCUCCAAGGCUGGGGCCCAGUCCGGGGAACUCACAGUGACCUGCCUCCCAACAGGAACAUCCUUCACAGGAUACCCUUGCUCACCUUCACAGAACACUUUGGGUUUCAACUCAUUGUCUUAUAUGCAGAGACAGGAUAAAAUAACUUCCUAGUCUGGACUUUUGAUGCUCACUCAAGAACUUGCUUUUUAUUUCCUGUUCAGAAGGAUGUCUUCCCUUUGUUCAGGUGGGGUCAGAAUGGAGUCUCCCAUGAGAAAGUGAGAAAGCUCAGCUACACUCCUAGAACAGCUUUGUCCCACUGGUCGGCCCCUUUCCUUCCCCAGAUGGACAUCCUGGGGGUGAACUGGGUCUGAGGAGCCCUGGUUCUCGCAGCUCCUUCACACUUUAGGUUCUGUUAGGGCAUCCUGUGCUCCUAAGCCAGUUCACUGGAGGCCCUCCUUCCUCAGCAACCAGAAGAGGAAUGAGUCUAGGUGGAAAUGGCUGAAAGGCAGAUUUUUUUUUAAAGAUUUAUUUAUUUAUGUAUUUAUGAUAGAGAAAGAGAGAGGCAGAGACACAGGAGGAGGGAGAAGCAGGCUCCAUGCCGGGAGCGCGACGUGGGACUCGAUCCCGGGACUCCAGGAUCGUGCCCUGGGCCAAAGGCAGGCGCUAAACCACUGAGCCACCCAGGGAUCCCCUGAAAGGCAGAUUUUUAUUUCAAAAUAAGAGGCUUAAAAUGAGAGCAGUCCUGCCAUGAAAUUAGCAGAAGAGCCCCAUAGUGGGAGGCUCUCUGGCAAGGAGGCUGCAGAACAUGCACUGGAUAGAAGGUUGGACUGGAUGACUUCAGUGAUUCUGACCUUCAGCCCAUCAGUGAGCAAAUGGAUGGGGGUUUGUGGAAAAGAGGAAGUAGAAAGGCAUCUGUGGGGUCCCUGUCUUCUUCCUUUUCAGCUGCUUUCUCUUUCACUGACUGACACACAAUGAUUCUAAAACAGCUUUCAGAGACUCCUACCUUGCCAAGGCUUUGCAGAGCAGAUUUGAAGUGCCCCAACUUCACCCCCCUGGCUGCCACACACAGGGACUGUCACUGAUCAGCACUAACAAUGUGCACAUAGCCCUGUUGGUCAGUCCUUGUGUUUCCUGUGAUUGUGGCCAAAUAGACAAGCCUGCCUGAGCUCUGUCUACCCUCCCAGUUAGUGGAGACCUUAGGCAGAGAGUUCUGAUUCUUUCCUUUCUUGGCUGCUCCUGCUCUUACCAAGACUUGUUUGGGGUUCCUAGGUCUUUGGGACACCUCAGGAAAUAGAGCAUAGCAAACAGGUUAUCAUCAUGUUCGAGCUACAGGAAGAAACUGUGGCAUUACCAAUCCCCCUUCCCUUCAUUCCCUGCCACAGGCUGGAAUGGCAUGGCCUUGCGGGACAUUGCUCCACAGGAUUCCUGGACAGCCAGUCUUGGGGCCUGCUGGCCAGGGCAAGCUGGGCCUCUGUCAUGGCAGUUGGGCACAUUUGUCUUUAGCUAAUUCAUUACCACAGAGGCCUCUCUGGCACAAUGUGAAACAAGUAAUCAUCAACGUGGGCAGGGCCACAGGAAUAAGCCAGGAUGGUGCUUGGUAGAUCACUCCACACAAACUCCUUGCAGGAGCAGAUGCUUCCAACAUGAUAGGGAGCUAGGGAGCAUCAUGUCCACUCAAAUGGGCCUGUUGUUCUAGAAAAUAGUUCCUGCCGACCUAAUCUAACCACAAAAUCACCCGAGGGGACUUCCAAUUCCAUCAUAUAACAGAUAAGAUAACCUGAGAACACUCCUGCUACAGAAAUUCUGGCUCAAGUAGAAAUUCUUUUAAACGCAAAGCUAAAUUUGAAGGAAAGAAAGGGAACUGCUAGGAGCUGGAGAAAUGAAAACUCAGAGUGGUCAGCAUGUGAACUGGAUGUGGCCGCUGGCGAUAGAAAUGUGUGAGUGGAUUGUUGCCCAUGAUGUAAUGUCCACAAAAGCAUGAGAAAUAAGACUUUGGCCCAUGCCCCAUAGGAAGUUGGAAAUGGGACCCUCUGCAUAAAGCUGACACCUUGAAGGCUUCAUCCUUGAUGAAGAGGUAAGCUAGAAAGUUUCCCCACUUUUGGGGAAGAUGUUCCCAGAGAUAAGGGGGAACAGGUCCUAUGAGAAUUUGUAACCAUGUAUAGGUUUAGAUUCAGAUUUACAGUGUGGUCCAGGAACCACUAGGCUGAGAAAUUAGCAUAAAAAUUAGCCCAAGGCUGAAACACCUAGUAGAAUCAAAUAAAAAAAAUCUACACCUGCUCUUUACCAAGCCACACAGCAUUCCCUAGUAAACACGAGUUCCAAAGACUAAACACACACAUAUGUGCAUGCACAUGUGUGCCCAUGCACAUGCAGAAACAACCUGUCAUAGCGGAGGCAAAAUGAGAGUGUGAUCAGAUAACAAAUUAUUGAAUAAAGAUUAUACAACAUAUAUGUAUGUUUUAAAUAAAGACAAAAGUAGGAAUAUGAUAAAGGCUCUCCAAAUAGGUCACAGAUUUUUUUUUUUUAAAAGCAGAACUUUAAAAUAAAAAAUAAAAAGCAGAA